AAAUAUAAAAAAAUAAAAAUUAAAAAUUUUAUUAUUCUGUAGUCCAUUGUUUAGGGUCCUGUUGUAGACUCCUAAUUUAGCAUUUGCUGUUUCAAUUCUUGUUGUUGUUUUAUUUGUUUAUAUUUAUUUAUUAGUUUAAAUUUGUAUUAGUUGUUGGUACUGGUAUUGAAAAAUUCUAAUAAAAAGAAUUUAUCUUUUUGUUUUAGAAUGAUCUAUGCCUUUUAAUUUCUUUCAUGUUCUAAAUAAAUUUCAAUUCCCAUUUCAUCAUUUAGAUCUCUUAUUUUUGAGACUCAUCAUUAAUAAUUCCUUUCCCUUUUACCAAAUACAUCUCAAAAUAAUCCUUUCUAUUAUUUUUUUUUCACAACUCCAUAUUUUGAUUACCUUUGUUAUUUUGUUUAUGUCAUUAUACAUUACUCAUAAUUCAUAUCUACUUUUUAUAUAUUGUGUUUCUUUUUAUACAUACACUCUUUUAAUAUCUUUUUUGUCUUUGUUUAAUUUAAUUUUUUUUCUUCUUUGGUUUGUCAUCUGUUGAUAUAAUAAUAAGAACAAACCAUUAAACAUUUCACUUCACUUCCUUUUUUGGGCCAUUUAUUUUAU